AUGGGUAAGGAAAAAACUCACAUUAACUUGGUUGUUAUCGGUCAUGUCGAUAGUGGCAAAUCCACAACAACAGGACAUCUAAUUUACAAACUAGGAGGUAUCGAUAAGAGAACUAUCGAGAAAUUCGAGAAGGAGUCAAGCGAUAUGGGUAAGGGAAGUUUCAAGUACGCUUGGGUACUCGACAAACUGAAGAACGAAAGAGAAAGAGGUAUCACCAUCGAUAUCACACUCUGGAAGUUCGAAACAGGAAAGUACUACUACACAGUUAUUGACGCACCCGGACAUCGUGAUUUCAUCAAAAACAUGAUCACGGGAACGUCGCAAGCAGACGUGGCAAUGUUGGUGGUCCCAGCAGAACAGGGUGGAUUUGAAGCAGCAUUCUCGAAGGAAGGACAGACCCGCGAACACGCACUCUUGGCCUUCACACUGGGAGUGAAGCAGAUGAUCUGCGCAAUCAACAAGAUGGACAAGUGCGACUACAAGGAGGACCGCUACAACGAAAUACAGAAGGAAGUGCACGGAUACCUGAAGAAGGUAGGAUAUAACGUGGAAAAGGUGCCCUUCGUCCCAAUAUCUGGAUUCCUCGGAGACAACAUGAUAGACAGGUCGGACAAGAUGCCCUGGUACAAGGGCAAGAUACUGGUGGAGGCACUGGAUCUGAUGGAGCCACCAAAGAGACCAGUAGACAGACCACUGAGACUGCCACUCCAGGGAGUGUACAAGAUAGGAGGAAUUGGAACAGUGCCAGUGGGAAGAGUGGAGACAGGACAGCUUAAGGCAGGAAUGAUCCUCACCUUUGCACCAAACCCAAUCACAACCGAGUGCAAAUCUGUGGAAAUGCACCACGAAGUGGUGGAGGUAGCAUUGCCAGGAGACAACGUAGGAUUCAACGUCAAAAACGUGUCAACAUCAGACAUCAGAGCAGGCCACGUGGCAAGCGACAGCAAAAACGACCCCGCAAAAGAGACAGUGUCGUUCCACGCACAAGUCAUCGUGCUCAACCACCCAGGAACAAUCAAGGCAGGCUACGCACCAGUGGUGGACUGCCACACAGCACACAUCUCCUGCAAGUUCGAAGAAAUCACGUCCAGAAUGGACAAGCGUACAGGAAAAACGCUCGAGGAAAACCCGAAGACGAUCAAAAACGGAGACGCAGCAAUGGUGACGCUGAAGCCCAACAAGCCCAUGGUGGUAGAAACCUUCACAGAAUACGCGCCCCUGGGAAGGUUCGCUGUCAGGGACAUGAAGCAGACCGUGGCAGUGGGAGUUAUCAAGUCGGUGGAGAAGAAGGACCCCGGAUCCUCCGCAAAGGUAACCAAGUCAGCCCAGAAGGCAGCCAAGAAGUAG